CUCAUCUUCGGCGCCUUUUAACAAUUUCCUUCAGAAGGUUCCUUACUUGAGAGGAAGUGUCGUCGCACAUACGGGCAGUAGCCUACCUGUGGUUGUUGAACCGCAAUAGGUUGACGCUGCAAACUGAUUGUCCCACCACGUCGAAUUCCUUGCGAGGAGCUAUUAUAGAUAGCUACAAUAUUCCUGCAAUAAUGACUACAGCAGGGUCCGAAUACUGCCACGACCAUGUCAUCCUCCUUCUGAGCUCUCCGGAUUUCGAGGACCCGCCAGCCUGGCUCAGUGACAAUUUCAGAAUCAUUGAGGGAGGGACUCAUGCAGGCGGCUCAUCCCGCAACAAGCUGAUUAUAUUCGCUGACGGCACGUACAUCGAACUGCUGAACUGGAUAUCCGAGCCGAAAGAGUUCUUCGACUGGGCACCCAAAACUCCAGGUCUCAUCGACUUCGCGCUCACCACACCUCAAACUGCGCAAGAGACGCAUGCUACAGUCACGAAACGACUCGAGUCCUCCGGCUGUGGCGACGGCGGUCUCGGUGUACGCUUCAAACAACCCCUCUUCGGCGGACGCAAGCGAAAAGACGGCCAACAGUGCGAAUGGUAUGUCACGAAACCACUAUUCGACAACGAUGCGCCCAAUGUUCCCAAGCCAGUCGAGCAGUACUUCCCCAACGGCCGACUCGAUACACCAUUCUAUUGCCACGAUGUGACGGACCGAAGCCUGCGCGUGCCAUACAAAGACACCUCAAUAUCGACUCAUCCUUGUGGUGUCAAGGGAAUUAUGUCCGUCGAAGUCGUCGUGCCCGAAUCGCAUAUCGAAAACUACUUGAAGUUGUAUAGCGCUGUCAGUGGCGCAGAGCCCAAAGUCCACGGUGGGUUCCGGUAUAUGCCCAACACGAGCGUCAGUUUUCUUCUGAGUUCGCCGGACGAAGAGGCAAUGAAAGGCGUGAAAGGCAGAGUGGGUAUCGAGAUUCAUGCACCCAGGGACAACGAGGACGAAGCCUGGAUGAGGGAACGCGGUGUCGGAAUAAGGGAGCUCAGGUUGUAUGUCCCGGCUUCUGGUGAGGAUGAAGUCGAUGAGCGGCCUCUGGACAGCGAGGGUAUUGGAGCCAGCCUGGUGCUUGUCGCGGAGCCAGUAGGGCAUUGAAUGCCGAAACUUGACUUCUUCCGACCUUCCGACAGGACUGUAUCGAAUCUAUUCCGUACCUGUCCAUAGAACUCAGGAACAGAGACGGUUCCCCCAGCGACUGCCAUUAAACUUGAC